AUGGCGCGUAAAGGCCCUAGUACAGACGGCCCUCUACAGACAGCCCUUCUGGAAUCCACGUCUGCAGCCACAACAAGAGCUUCUAAAGGACAGAAGAUCUUCAGCCCCAUAGCUGUAUUCCUUGAUAAACACUGCAGCCAAACCACCGGCCUUGCUCCUCACCUACUGAGAGCCCUCACCACUCUAAGCGAUAACCUCGCCUCGGUAGCUCAACAACAUUUCAACGCUUAUAUCAGUGUUAAAUCAACUCCCACCACUCACCCUAAAGCCUCCAUCAAAAAGCCUAUGCCUCUGGUAAAACAACCCCUUCCUGACAUCUGGCUCUUUGUAUGCCUCCCAGCUAACCAUGCAGCCAGAAAAAUGGAAGCCUACGCUAUCUACUCUAGCCUACAAUCUCAACUAAACUUAAAUAGUGUAGCACUAAAAGAAGUCCAAGCUAUAAAGACUGGCUUUGCACUAUGUCUCUCAUCUCCAGAAGCCCUCCUAGCCCUUGAGGCCCAAAAAGAGACUAUCUCUGCAUUCUUUGUUAACUGCUAG